AUGUCGUGGGAACUUUCUCGCCGUCGCAUCGUCCGAGCUGUCAACAGCAAAUACAUUUACGGACGCCUCCCACUGCUUCACGCAGUCAUCGCACUGAUCGAAAUGGCGCUCGUCGCCAGGUUGGUCUCCAAGUUUAACCAAUACUACGAUGAACGACCACUCCUCACCAUGAUGGUGACCAACGCCAUUCUCGGAGGCAUCGCCGACACGACAGCCCAAACCGUUACGGCCCUCCGCCUCAAGGCUGUUCGCAAGCCUGGCGGCCUCGACAAGAACGACGGCGUCGCCAUCGAGAUCCACGAUCUCGACCGCAAGAACCCCUUUUACGAGAAGGACCUCAUUCCGGACUCCAAGCAUCUGCCGCCGCCGUUCGACUUCGAGCGCCUCACUCGUUUCAUGGCCUACGGUUUCGGCAUGGCUCCCUUGCAGUUCCGCUGGUUCAAGUUCUUGUCGACGACCUUCCCGAUGACCAAGACGAGCGCUUUUGUCCCCGCCAUGAAGCGCGUUGCUUUUGACCAGCUCAUCUUCGCGCCCUUUGGUCUGUUGUGCUUUUUCUCCGUCAUGACUGUCGCCGAGGGUGGUGGCCGCCGUGCCGUGCUCAACAAGCUGCGCGACAUGUACGUCCCUACGCUGAAGGCCAACUUCAUUGUCUGGCCGGCCGUGCAGAUCAUCAACUUCCGCCUGAUGCCCGUUCAGUUCCAGCUGCCCUUUGUCUCCACGAUCGGUAUCGCCUGGACGGCCUACCUUUCCUUGACCAACGCCUCGGACGAGGUCGACAAUCGUCCCGCCGCCCGCGAUGACGACCACAUUCGCCUCAGCUAA